AUGGCAUUCUAUCCUAAAACCAUCUUUCCAAUCACUUUGCUUCUUGCAAUCUUUUUAUCAGGGCAAAGACCAUGCGAGAGCGCAAGAGUUUUCACCAUCGUCAACUACUGCAAGGAGACCCUGUGGCCGGCGGUGACGCCCGGAGAGAAAUUCAACGGCGGCGGUUUCGUUCUCAAACCGGGUCAAUCCGCGGUCUUUACCGCCCCGGUGAGUUGGAGCGGCCGCAUUUGGGCACGAACCGGUUGCAAAUUCGACCAAAACGGAAACGGGCAAUGCCAAACCGGUUCAUGCGGCACAACGCUGAAAUGUUCGGCCUCGGGAAAAACGCCGGCGUCACUCGCGGAAUUCACACUCGCGCAACCCGACUUCUACGACGUUAGCCUCGUGGACGGCUUCAACGUCCCCAUCGCCGUCAGGCCCAUUAACGGAAAGGGAAACUGCUCCUCCGCGGGAUGCAACUCCGACCUGAGAGCGACUUGCCCCAACGAACUCGCCCUUAAGGCUAACGGCAAGACCGUUGGGUGCCGUAGCGCGUGUGACGUGUUCAACACCGACGAGUAUUGCUGCAAAGGAAAUUAUGGGAACCCCUCCACUUGCAAACCUACCUUUUAUUCCAAGAAGUUUAAGGAAGCGUGUCCAACUUCUUAUAGUUAUGCCUACGAUGAUCCAACUAGCAUCUUCACAUGUUCUGCAACUGAUUACAUCGUAGCCUUCUGCUCCUCCAGGAAACGACAGGUAUGCACAUACCAUGAUAACAAGCUUCACUGUAGUGGAUCACAAGGAUUGAAAUCGCUGACUGGAAGGUGGUGCAUCGUCAUGAUAACUCUGCUUUCCGUUCUUUGUUUAUGGAAUGGGUUCUAG